CCCUCCUCUAGCAAAAACCAAGGCGCGAGUCAGCGGCCGCAUCUUCCAGCGAUCCAUGUCUUCCUCCGACCUGGGCCUCUUCUCCGACGACGACAACGCGGGGCUGAGGUCGCGGCGCUCCCACCGGGACGACGACGGCGAAGAUGGCGACGACGAUGACGACGAGGAAGAGGACGACGAAGACGACCGGCUGAGCGUGAAGUCCGACUCCCUGCAGUGGCUGCAGGCGGGCGACACCCUGCCGUGGAACCUGCCGCGGCACCAGCGAGCCAAGAUGCGACGACCUCACGAGUCGGUGCUCGACCCGGCGGAGAGGGCCGUCCUUCGCAUCGCCGGUGAGCGCACGCCGGCGGUAGGGGGCUCGGAGCGCGGCGUGGCGCGGUCACUCCGCAGCGAUUCGGCAGCCGUGGGACUCGGGCGGCCCUUCCUCCCCUGA